AGAGCUCCAAGUCAGCACUUCCACCAUGGCGACUAGCAGCACCAUGGCCUUAUCCUCACUCCUUCCACCGCAAACGCUCCACCUCACCAGUUCCCACCACCCUCCCAAUUCCUCCCUCAAAGUCUUCUCUUUUCCAACCAGAUCACCACAACAGAAUUGUCAUCCUAAGAGCAUCCUCUCAACUUCACCACCUUCUUUUACUUGGCUGCCAUCUCAAAAGUGGAGAACCUAUAUUUCUUUCUUCCCAGCUUUCUUCAAAAACAAGACCAAAGAUGCAAAGGCCAUCAAAGAAGAACUUCUUGAAGCCAUUGCACCUCUUGAUCGUGGGGCAGAGGCCACUCCUGAAGACCAGCAAAGCAUUGAUCAGAUUACUCGAAAACUAGAAGCAGUAAGUCCAAUAAAGGAGCCAUUGAAGUCUGAUUUACUGAAUGGCAAAUGGGAACUCAUAUACACAACUUCCCAGUCUAUUUUGCAAACCGAGAGGCCCAAAAUCUUAAGGUCUAAAACGAAUUAUCAAGCGAUAAACGUGGAUACACUUCGGGCUCAAAAUAUGGAAUCAUGUCCAUUCUUCAAUCAGGUUACUGCAGAUUUAACACCUCUAAAUGCAAGGAAGGUGGCUGUAAAAUUUGAUUACUUUAAAAUUGCUGGACUGAUACCCGUCAAAGCUCCUGGAAGAGCUAGAGGUGAACUAGAGAUUACAUACUUGGAUGAAGCGCUUAGCUUCUCUUAAUACAGGAAUCUACAGCAAUUUAGGAUCUUGUCAGCAAAUGGAACUGACAUUAGGUUGCAGCAUACUUAGCUCCAUUUAGUUUACUAUAUACGUGGAAGUAAUUGCUAUGUCCGGUUGCAAAAGUGCAGGUGAUUAUGCUAAAGAAGUAAUUGGUAAGAGGAAUUAGAACAACUUAAGCAGGUUCAAAAGGAUUUGUUAUCCUCUCAAGCUUCAAUAUGAAGUUUUAUUGGCUAAACACGUUAGCGGAAAGCUCCUUUGUCCAUGUCUUGAUUAGUAAAUUACUCAGAUUAUACGAACCACCAGUCUGGAUUUGGUUGAUUGUUCAAACAUAGCUAUUACCUGUUGCAUUUAGUUGGGGAUACAAAUUACCAUAGCAAUUAACAACUUGUUCUGGGAGUGAACAGGAAUAAAAAGCGGUGAGGACCCAUUUCGCAGCACAACUUGCACAGAUUCAGUGGGGUUUCUACUUCUGAAAGCCAAAAAAUGGAGCCCUCCAGUGAUUUUGCUCCCUUUUUUUCUUUUAAAACAUUUGUUGGUAGGAUAGUUCAGAAUCUCUGGUUCUCUAGAACUUGCCAGAAUGAGUCCUCCUUUUGUGCAGUAGGAACAGAAUUAUUUGAGAGGGAUCAAGCACUACUAUUUGAUCUUUAUUUUCGAAACGUGUCUAAGCAUACGUUGCAGCUCAAGUCGCUAAAUUUAUCUUAUUUCUUCCUAUUUGAUCUUAUUUCUUAUUUGAUUCUUCCUGAAUUGAGAAAUCAUAACGCUUGCUUAUCUUAUUUCUGCAAAUAGAAUUGGAUGACUGUAAAUCAGCAACAUCUAGAACUGUUAAUAACUGCACCUUUCCUUCCAUUUUUGUCCCUUUCUUUUUCCUUGGCAGAGUAUCAAGAGGUGAUCUGGGGAACCUGUUCAUCUUGAAGAUGGUUGAUCCGUCCUAUAGGGUACCUACCUGAGCUAAAAUCUAUCAGAAGCAACAGGACAGACGAGUUCUAAACUGAUUCUUAUACAAGGAGCAAGAAUAGAAUAAUAUCUGAGUGUACUAUUGCUUACUUUUCCAUAUCCAGAAUACUUGGCCUUGAGAUGUGCAAUAUUGUAAACUUCAUAACGCGGCAUACCAUAGACUAGAGCGGCAUCCAUGUACAAUAUACAUACAUUACAGUCUCAAGAGUACAGAGCUAAUUAUUAUUCAUCAAAUGCUUCUACAAAUGAUUAUGGCA